AUGAGCUGGUUCAACGCCUCUCAGCUGUCGAGCUUCGCCAAGCAGGCCCUGUCCCAGGCCCAGAAGUCCAUCGACCGCGUCCUGGAUAUACAGGAGGAGGAGCCCGGUGCGUGGGCCGAGGCGCGACCCUUCGGGGACCCCGAAAACAGUUCCUCUGUAAGUGGAGGAUGGGAUACCUCCACCUGGAGGUUAAAUUCAAAUACAGAACCUCAGAGUCAACCAGUAGCAACCCCUAAAGCAAUUACAAAGCCAGUUCGGAGGACUGUUGUUGAUGAAUCUGAAAGCUUUUUCAGUGCCUUUCUCUCUCCAACGGAUGUCCAGCCAAUACAACAGAGCCCAGUGGUGUCUAAGCCCCCCACUAAGUCACAACGACCUGAAGAAGUCACAAGCAGCCUACAGGAACCUCUGCAGCCAGGACAGUCAGAAACACCUGAAUCAACGGAGUUAGAAGUAACAGACUCUUCUCUUCUGGCUGCCCAAGAAGACUUGAAAAACUGUCCUGUUUCCUUGGAGAAUUUAGAAGUGGAGACUCCAGCACUUAAUAAUGAAGUCAAACCUCAAGAAAUCAGACACGAUGCUGUUGGGAUUAAGGCUCUAAGUAUGAAUGUAGCAGAAAGUACCACUAAUGUGAAAACUCCUGCAGAAAGUGCACACAACAGCCAGGCUCCUAUAGUGGAAGCAAAGGAUCUGGUUUUGGAUGCUAAGGAACAGAAGCAUGAAGACAGACAGAGCAAUACCCCUUCCCCUCCAGUUAGUACUUUCUCCUCAGGUACUUCUACUACUAGUGACAUCGAAGUUCUGGACCAUGAAAGUGUCAUCAGUGAGAGCUCAGCAAGUUCAAGACAAGAGACCACAGACUCAAAGUCAGCUCUUCACUUGAUGCAGACAUCCUUUCAGCUUUUAUCUGCCUCUGCUUGUCCAGAGUAUAAUCGUCUGGAUGAUUUCCAAAAACUCACUGAGAGUUGCUGUUCCUCUGAUGCUUUUGAAAGAAUAGACUCAUUUAGUGUUCAGUCAUUAGACAGCCGAAGUGUAAGUGAAAUAAAUUCAGAUGAUGAAUUAUCAGGCAAGGGAUAUACUUUAGUGCCUAUAACAGCUAAUUCUUCAACUCCAAAGACUAAGAUAGCAGAGUCCAUUGAAGGAAAAUCAGAAGAAGAAAAUGAAACAUUAGUUAUACCCCCUGAAGAAACUGAAAUGGAAGAGAGUGGGCGAAGUGCAACUCCUGUGAACUGUGAACAGCCUGACGUCUUGGUUUCUUCGCUACAACCCAAUGAAGGAUAUAUGGUCUCAGAAAAGGUGACUGGGCGGUGCCAGGAUAUUGAAAAUCAGCCUCAACUAUAUCCUGAGAAAGAAGAUUUUUGCAAGGUAACUCUAAAAAUUGACCUCCUGAAUGAAAAAUUGGAAAAAAGGGAAACCCAGUUAUUAACCGUUAGUAAGGAGAAAGCAGUUCUAGAAGAAGCUUAUGAUAAUUUAAAAGAUGAGAUGUUUAGAGUCAAAGAAGAAAGCAAAAGCAUUUCAUCCUUGAAAGACGAGUUUACGCAAAGAAUUGCAGAAGCAGAAAAGAAGGUUCAGUUAGCCUGCAAAGAAAGAGAUACCGCUAAGAAGGAAGUAAAAACUAUAAAAGAAGAACUUGCAACUAGGUUAAAUUGUAAUGAAACGACAGAACUUUUGAAAGAGAAAGAUGAACAAAUAAAAGGAUUAAUGGAAGAAGGAGAAAAACUCUCAAAACAGCAGCUGCACAAUUCUACCAUCAUUAAGAAGUUAAGAGCUAAGGAGAGAGAAAAUGAAAACAUUAGUGCAAAACAGAGCAAAAAGAUUAAGGAGCUAGAAGAGGAAUUGCAGCAUUUAAAACAGGUGCUUGAUGGCAAAGAGGAGAUCGAGAAACAACAUAGAGAGAACAUUAAAAAACUGAGCUCUGUAGUCGAACGACAAGAAAAAGAUCUUGGCAGACUUCAAAUAGACAUGGAUGACCUUGGGGAAAAAAACCGAAGUGCUCAGGCAGCCUUGGAUAGUGCCUAUAAAGAGCUUGCCGAUCUUCAUAAAGCAAAUGCCAUGAAGGACACUGAGGCACAGGAGGCAUCUUUAAGUCGAGAAAUGAAAGUGAAAGAAGAACUGUGUUUAGCCCUUGAAAAGGCCCAGGAAGAAGCCCAUCAACAGCAAGAAGCAUUAGCAAUUCAAGUGGGAGACCUUAGAUUGGCAUUGCAGCGGGCAGAACAAGCUGCUGCAAGGAAGGAAGAUUAUUUACGCCAUGAGAUCAGUGAACUUCAACAGAGACUCCAGGAGGCAGAAAAUAGGAACCAGGAACUAAGCCAGAGUGUUACAUCUACCACAAGACCAUUGCUUCGACAAAUAGAGAAUCUACAAGCAACUCUGGGAGCCCAGACGUCAUCAUGGGAGAAGUUAGAAAAGAAUCUCUCUGAUAGGCUUGGUGAAACCCAGGCUUCAUUGGCAGCAGCAGUGGAGAGGGAACGUGCUGCUGUUGAAGAGCUUCUUAAUAACAAGAUACAAGUGUCUUCCAUGGAGUCACAAAAUACCAUCUUGAGGCAGGAAAACAGUAGACUUCAGGUCCAGCUGGAAGCAGAGAAAAACAGACUACAGAAACUGGAAGAUGAAAAUAGCCGGUACCAGGUUGAACUAGAAAACCUAAAAGAGGACUAUGGGAAAACCCUGGAAGAGGCUCGGAAAGAGAAGACAUUAUUAAACAGUCAGCUAGAAAUGGAGAAAAUGAAAGUUGAACAAGAAAGAAAGAAAGCAAUUUUAUCCCAAGAAAUGAUGAAAGAAAAGGAACGUAAAACAUUUUCUUUUUCAACAUUGGAAACUGUUUCCAGCACUCCUACAUUGUCACGUUCUAGUUCUAUAAGUGGAAUUGAUAUGGCAGGCUUACAGACAUCGUAUCUUUCUCAGGAUGAAUCUCAAGAUCAUUCAUUUGGACCAAUGUCUGGGUCAGUAAACGGAAGCAAUCUCUACGAUGCUGUAAGAAUGGGAGCAGGAUCAAGUAUUAUUGAAAAUCUUCAAUCUCAGUUAAAACUAAAGGAAGGAGAAAUUACUCAUUUGCAGGUGGAAAUUGGAAAUCUGGAAAAAACUCGAUCUAUAAUGGCUGAAGAGUUGGUUAAGCUAACAAAUCAGAAUGAUGAAUUUGAAGAAAAAGUGAAAGAAAUACCAAAACUUCGUGCACAGCUAAGAGACUUGGAUCAAAGAUACAACACUAUUCUGCAGAUGUAUGGAGAGAAGGCAGAAGAGGCAGAAGAGCUUCGAUUAGAUCUUGAAGAUGUGAAAAAUAUGUAUAAGACUCAGAUUGAUGAACUUUUACGACAAAGGCUGAACUAACUCCGGGUGAAAGAAUAAUUUUCCAUUACAUCAAGAGAAAGAUUGAAUAUGUAAAUGCAGAAUUCUAAUAACUUGUAAAUUCUAUUAAAGUAUUAAAAUG